GCAGGCGCCGGAGCCACCCCACUGAGGGCAGGCGUGUCAGGGCUGCACACAGGUGCCGUUCACGGGUCGGAGCCCGCAAGGCAGCCCGUGGGUUUCCGGUUCCGGGAGUAGCCAACGGCCGCGGAGGCCACAACUAGUGCUAAGGAGGAGGCUGCGGUGGAAGAGGAAGGAGAAGAAGAGUGGAGCAGGCGGGACGCGCGCGGGCGGGAUCCUCCCCAUGGGUCCCCGGGCCUAGAGCGCCGCAGGCUGCGGGCCUCGUGUCAAGCUGGCUUCUGUUCUUUUCCUGAAGCAUCUAUGGCUGAGGACUGGCAAGACUGCCCAGCCCUGGGCCCUGGCUGGAAGCGACGUGAGGCCUUUCGAAAGUCAGGGGCCUCUUGUGGACGCUCAGACAUCUAUUAUCAGAGCCCCACAGGAGAGAAGAUUCGAAGCAAAGUUGAGCUGACUCGAUACCUGGGCCCUGCAUGUGACCUCACCCUCUUCAACUUCAGACAAGGCAUCUUGUGCUACCCGGUUCCCAAGACCCAUCCCUUGCCUGCCCCCAACAAGAAGAAAAAGAAGCCUUCUAAACCAGCCAAGGCUAAGCAACGUCAGGUUGGGCCCCAGAAGAGUGAGGUCAGGAAGGAGCCUCCACGGAAGGGGCGUAAGGCUGGCGCUGGCGCUGCUGUUGGCUCUGGCGCUGCUGCGGGCGCAGCUCCAGCCUCGUUACCGGCACUUGGGUGCUGUGAGAAUUGUGGGAUCCGCCUCUCAUGGGAUUGUAUCAAAAGGCAGAGGUUGAAGGCGUUGUGCAAAGACUGCCGAGCACAGAGAAUUGCCUUCAACCGAGAACAGAGAAUGUUUAGGAGAGUCGGCUGUGGAGAGUGUACGGCUUGCCUUGUAAAAGAAGACUGUGGGGCUUGCUCCAUCUGCCGCCUGCAGCUGCCCCAUGACGUGGCCUCGGAGCUCUUCUGCAAGUGUGAGCGAAGACGCUGCCUCCGGAUUGUGGAGAAGAGCCGAGGGUGUGGAGUGUGCCGGGGUUGUCAGACCCAAGAGGACUGUGGCCGUUGCCGAGUCUGCCUUCGCCCAGCCCGCCCUGGUCUCAAGCGCCAGUGGAGGUGUUUGCAGCGGCGCUGCUUUUGGCACUUUGCCCAUCGCUUCCGUGGUCACCCUCAAGGAUGUCACCAGUGCCCUCCUCAGGUUGUGGUUUCCCCUACUGGUAAGCGUGACUGUCGAAAGAGCGGCUCGAAGGUGGCUGCCCGACGUCACUCCCGAGCCCAGCCCCUGCCGCCACGUCCUGCAUCCCAGCACCCAGAGCCCACAGAGCUGCACAUCAGCGACCUAGCGCCCACAUCACCUGCUGAGUUCAUCUAUUACUGUGUAGACGAGGACGAGCUACAGCCCUACACGAACCACCAACGGCAGAACCGCAAGUGCGGGGCCUGUGCAGCCUGCCUACGGCGGAUGGACUGCGGCCACUGCGACUUCUGCUGCGACAAGCCCAAAUUCGGGGGCAGCAACCAGAAGCGCCAGAAGUGUCGUUGGCGCCAGUGCCUGCAGUUUGCCAUGAAGCGGCUGCUGCCCAGUACCGGGUCAGGGUCCGAGGAGGGAGCAGGACUGCCUCCAUGUCGCCCUUGUCGAAAGAGGCCUGGUUCUCCUCGACGACGACUCCGUCGGAUCGCUCCCUCAAAGGCCCCUUUGGCUGUGCUCACCACCCCACCAGGCCCUGCCCGGGCUUCAGCAAAGCAGCAAGCAGGUAGAGGCUUUGUGCUGCCCCCACCUGACACAGACUUUGUGUUUUUACAAGAGGGUGCCGCCAGUCCUGUGCAGGUGCCUGGCCCUGCCGCAGCUUCCUCGGAAGCCCCGUUACAGGAGGCCCAGAGUUGGGGUGUAGCCAUGCCGCAGGUGAAGCAGGAGAAGACGGACGCCCCAGAGGAGUGGACAUCAGGCACAGGCUUCCCGACCUCUGCACUGCAGCCUGGCUACCCUAGCAAGGCACUAGACUCAGACCUUCCACCCGUGAAACAAGAGCCCCCUGGCCCUGAGGAGGAUAGAGAAGAAAACAGAGAAGAUUAUGUCUCUGAAUCAGUCCCGGAGGAGGAGGCAGGAGGGGUUGGCACACCAGUGAUCACGGAGAUUUUCAGCCUGGGUGGAACCCGUCUCCGGGAUGCAGCAGCCUGGUUGCCAAGGUCCAAGGACCUUAAAAAUCCUGAAGCUAAAAUGCAGUAGACUGGAGGCCUCUGCUGACUGUAGGCCUGAAGGUGAUAUUUGCAGAUCGGCUUUAUGAGAAUCAACCCUGAUCUACCAGGGGCUGGGCCAUGGUUUGGUUGCAGAGCUUGUUUGUGAAUGAACCCUAGGAGAAAAUCCUGCAAGCACAAUCGAGGAACAGGCCUGCCCGGUCCUGGAAGCUUAGCGGAAGCCAGCUGGAGAGGAAGAGAAAGAGUAGAAGGCUGGGAGAACGUCUGCUCCUCCAAGGAUCUCGAGGCGAUGAGAAGUUGGAUGUAGGGUAGGGAGGGAUAUAACUGAAGCCCCGACAAACAACUCAAACAAGCCAUCUUCAUAACUGUUUGUUGGUGGCUUCUGGAUGAGACCUGGCAGUGUGUCUGAACAUUUUCUCAGGGAAACAGCAGUUGAAAUGCUACAGAAUAAAGGAGGAAAAGGCAUUGUUUGGUGAGCUCCUCCUGUGGAGAGCCACUUCCUAAACCCUCACAGGAGUCCUUAGGAAGACAGUGAGUGACAUUGUGCACUUUUGCAGGAGGGGAAACAGACCCAGAAGAGGUGAAUGUUCCCAGUGUCAGACAGCUGGUGUUGGUAGUCUAGAAAUACAUCAGGCUAUAACAGCUUUCUUCUUUAAUCCACUAAACUGUUAACUGCAAUCUUUUGUGCAAUAAUGUAUAUUACAGUAACAGUUUUAGUAACUUUGAAAAUAGCAGUGGAUCACUAUGAACGCUAAGAUAUCCUUUACACUUUUGCCUCCAUUGUGGUUUAGGGAUUCCCAGACUGUGGGUGGAUGGGGUCACCUUCUGGACAGAGCAUUGAUUCAUUUGGAAUCCAGAUUCCCUGAAGGCCCUGGAUGCUGCAUAGGACCCCUGACUCCCGAAAGUGUGUUCUUGCCCACUGCUGGCUGACUGUUUACUUGAGCCCAGAUGGUCUCCCUUUGGCCGGAGCAGUGCUUGGAACUAAAGCUGUCAGCCUGGCCCAUCUUUUCCUGGCAGCAUCUUUUCUCUGAUGUCUUUUGUACUUGUUUCCUGCCCUCAGCCCAAAUGUUUGUUAGGAGGCUGAAUGAAUUUAUGCACUGAGUCCUGCCCAAGGGCUGGACUUGGCUCAGCCUUACCUCAUUUUCUAUCCUUAAAAUGCCAAAAAGAUAUAUAAUUGGUUGCUUAGCCAGCUUUACAGGGCUAGGACUGAGUGCCUCGUCAUCCUUUGUGUCCUGUGUGUGCCCCUUUGCUUUAACCUAGCCCCUAGGUAAUUCAGAUGGGGAUUACUCAUCUCUUAUUUCCACCUCACGAGGCACAGCUCUCUGCCACCCUCUACUCUUGCUUUGUCUACUUCUGUCCUGGAAUCAUUGCUCUUUAACCCCCAGAGCACACCACUUGUCCCUAGUAUUCUAGUAAUCCUGACAGCGACGUUCUAAGAGUAAUGCCUUUGGUUGGCAUUUGACUUGUGAAUGAAGAUUCUGAUUACUAUGUAUUGAUUAGGGUACAAUCAAAAGAUCAGAACCACUACAACAAAGAAUAGUGUAUGUGUUGUAAGGGAAUUUUGGGAGACAUUUUACAUUAUAUAAUUUUGGGAGAUGGUUUAAUAGCCUCUAAGGCUGUCAUUUGUAUGUAGUGCUGGAACUUAAAAGUAUUCAGGACAGUCAGUCAGAAAGGGAAGGUGGAUGGACAAAUGGGAUCCCAUGAACAAGAGUUGGAAUUCAAGAAGAUGGCCUGGAACCCAUGUCAGUGUCUCAUCGUCUCCAGCUUCGAUGAUGUCUGUGUCCUGCAGAAGCUAGUGUCCUUCCUCAGAGUGAAGUAGCAUCUGACCUAGGACUAGAGAAGCUGAAGGAAGAUCCCAGGGAAGUUGUAGCAGCUGAAGGCCUGCCUGUAGGACUUGCUGUUUCCCCAUACCAAGGUGAGACAGCAGAUUAAUGACCACUUGUAUGAACUGCAACAUGCCUGGUAUCCCUGCAACAACUUUCCAACAGCCUGCUGCUGCUGCCUCACUUCUGCUAACCACAAUGUUUCUGGAUUUUCUUAACUAGAAGUCUGUGGGGAAGGAUUCUGGGAAGCAUAGUCUAGUCAAGGUGACAUGUUAGAAAGCCACCCUGCCAUGAUGCAGCUCCUAAAGGUCUCAGCAAUCACCUGAGGAUAACUGACAGAAGUACAUUGGGGGAAUCGUAAAGACCAUGGAUUCAUGAUGGUCCCAGCAAGCAAAGAAAUCCUGUCAAGCUCAUCCAUAACAGUCUUGCUGGUCUCAGCUGUAUAUGUGUUACUCAUCCAAGUAUUGAAAACUUGGCCCAUAGUUAUCACUGUACAUGAUACUGAGGUCUAGAAAUGCAAUUUUAUAAAAUGCAUCAGUAUAUAUUACAAGUGAUACACAGAUCUCCAGUUUAUUAUGGACAUUGAUGCUCAAAAUAUAGAAUCUAGUAUAUUAUGGAGAAGCCAGUCCUUGUUUGAGUUUUUUGAGAUGCUCCAGAAGUUGGAAACAACUUAAUCGUUUCUAUUUCUAAGCUGUUCUAUUUUAAAAUUAUUUUAAAAUAA